UAUUGCAACGAUAACUCAUUUGGUUCAAGUCAGCUGAAAUGCAAACAGUAAACAAAUCUAGCGCCUCGUCCAAUUGUUGAAUGAAACAUUAGCAUAAAUACAAAAAGAGUGACACUCCGGUGUCAGAGGCGUAGUCUAGAUCGCCGACGAGGUGGAAAUCUGAUGAACUCUUCGAGACAUCCACUGUGACGAGGGCAGGGCCAAAAGUUGCGCUGCCAGCAAAAGUGAAAGUUGGCCAGAAGAAAAAUGAUGAAAAUUGUACUGAUCAGUGGAAAGCGCAAGUGCGGAAAGGAUUACAUCUCCGAAAGGCUUCAGAAAAAGUUGGCUGACCGGGCACAGAUUGUUCGCAUCUCGGAGCCCAUUAAGUCGGAAUGGGCUCGCAAGCUUCAGCUGGAUUUGGCGGCCUUGCUCAGCGAUGGACCAUACAAAGAGCAGUACCGACGAGACAUGAUUGUGUGGAGCGAUGAGGUUCGCGCUCGGGAUUACGGAUACUUCUGUCGUGUGGCCAUGGAAGAGGCAUUGGCCCGUCGACCGACACCUUACAUUUUGGUCAGCGAUGUGAGGCGCAAAAAUGACAUCAAGUGGUUCCGGGAAACCUAUGGCUCCGACAAGGUACUGACUGUGCGGCUCACCUCCCGUCCAGAAACCCGAAGUGCCCGCGGAUGGGUCUUUACGGCGGGCAUCGACGAUGUGCCGUCCGAGUGCGAUCUGGACGACUUCGAUGGCUUCGACGUAGUGGUGGCCAACGAUAAUGAGCAUGAACAGGUGUCCAUUGACCAAAUACUGGAGACCAUGAAACUGCAGUAACUUUGAAGCUUUAGAUAUUUAUUACUCGAAUCGAGCCCUCGGGGCAUCAGUGUAUUUUUGAUAGAACAUGUAUUUGGCACAGAAAAAGUGUAUUAGAUAAUGCUAAUAUUUUGCCUUGUGAAGGAAUGUAGCUAAGUUUAUACUUAAUAAUUUAUAAAUUGUAUUUAACUAAUUAAAUGGAGAAGGUGUGAA